AUGGUGCAUAGAGCAGUAAUCCAUGGUGUGGUUCUGAAGGGGCUAUGGCCAACAUCCGUUAAUCGUACUUCCUUUCGCCAGCAGAAUUAUCAAACACCCAUUUUGCGUUCGAGAUGUGAGUGUAAGAUCAUUACGAACAUUAAAGAUUUCUGCUCAGAAAGACGUAUUGAUCUUAAUCGCCGUUUUAAUUGUUUAAAUAAUGAAAAUAUAUCGUCGUCGUCGUCAAUGGUUAGUGAGAAUACUCAGGAACCGCCUCAAGAAACUGAUCUCGAGAUUAUUUCAGACCGUUCACACCGUUCGCGGACCAAAGGUAGAGCUGGACAAACCACAAAUAUCAUUUUUGGAGAUACGGUAAUUGAUGGCUCGAGCGGUGAGUGGCUCACUCUUAGCCAAAAGUUAGACACUUACCCAAGUGUCCGACGGUUUACAGCAAUUGGUAUUGGAGGCAAUGAUUUUGUGCAAUCUAUGAUACUUGCUGUGGAGUCGGUCAUUCAACAUCCAGUUCAACAGGAGCAUGUGAAGCAGAGAGUGUCAUCAGGAGGAAAAUAUGUUUCAGUUAGUAUUGGACCCAUUCAAGUCGUUUCUAGAGAACAUGUUCGAGCGGUAUACAAUGCUAUGAGGGGUGAUGACCGGAUUAAAUUCUUUUUGUAG